GGAGCGCAACAGCAUCACGGAAGGGUCUAUUGCCGUUCCGUACCGUUGUGCUGGCCGCUAGUUGAGCUGACAGCCAGCUAAUAUCAAUACUGCUUGCAGGCAGACGGACGGCAGACACAGAAACGGAGAUACACACGCACACCUGCUGCAGCUGACGGCUGGCAUUUUGCUUAGCUGAAAUUUUGUUGUUGAUCAAUUUGACUCUGUUCGUUGGCAAACCAAAUAGGGUAAAUCACGUAAUGCGGUAACGAGCCGCGGCCCUCCUGUCCGCCUCAUGUGUGCUUCACCAACCGUUCGAGUCUGCAUGUGCGAGUACGAUUUCGAGUAGUAGCUGCAGUGAUAGAGGCGGUACUUGGCGGCCUGCAUGUGCGUGUAUCAUGUGUAAGAUGUUGUUGCAAAGUCAAGUGGUAACGGCGGCGGCAGCGGCGACGACGGCGGCAGCGGCAGCGGCGGCUUGAGCGACAUGUGCUGUUAGUUUUCGGCUGCGAGCUGUCGUUGCUUGACACAGGCACUCGUACAAGCGAUCGUGCUUUCUUCAGUGCACGGCGCUGCUGAUGCUGAUUCGACCCUGAUCUGGUAGUAGCGACAGCGGUGGCCAAAAGGGACGACCACGACGGUACGAUGCCGUCGUCGAAGUGGGGGCAAGUGGCAGAAACAACAACGACGACGACGAUAACAACAACAACAGAUGGACCACGGCCACGAGCAGCGCUCCGUGGGGCCGUAGUGGAAGAACGGGUUCAUGUGAACGACGAUAACAGCUGGAUGUAGAGGAAAACAGUCAUUUCGGCAGGUCAUGUCAUGAUGCCGAAUAUACUAGGACGGGGGGAGGGAAGCACACAAAUUACAACAAAACCAGCAUCAGCUUCUGUCUCGGUAUUCAACAGGUGGUCUGACUGAUUAGCAGUGAUACAGAUGUGUUCGUUGUGCACAAUGAAGAACACAGCGUUACGGGUUAACUAAGACAUCAACAAUGAAAACGAUGACAACUAUAACUAUGGCAACAAUAGCGGCAAUGUGACGACAUUCAUAUAAAUAUUAAUCACUGCUAUUAUUAUUUUUAUUGAAAAAUAUUGGCUGGACCGGUAACGGCUACGACGGGGGUGUGACUGAUCAUGUUUCUGACUCGAGCGUCAGAUGUGUUUGCCAGUGAAUGGUAGGCCAGAUCCAAAAAGUAGAUACAAUUAACACAGAACGAACGACUGCAGGAUCAGUGCAUUGGAUACGAUGGAUCCUCGAGAUGGCUCUCGUCGACCUCGAGCAUCCAGAAUGUCUAAACCCAGAUAUGUGCUUCAGGUGCAUGUAGGUGGGUUCAGCCCGCUGUACGAAGCACUGUCUAUCGAAGCAUCAAAACAGACAACCUCGGCAGACAUACUUCAGUGUAUCUCCAAUAAACUGGGGCUCACUGCCCAGCAGUGGAAUGAUCUUGAGCUUGCGGAGGUGGUUACUAACGCUUCGGGUCAGGAGUGCAAAGAACGCCGUUUGUCGCCUGCAGAAUGCCCCGUAGCUCUUCAGCUUCUAUGGCCACAAGGGCCACAUUCAUUUGAUGGACCGCGGUAUCGAUUUGUACUCAAAGAAAAAAUUGGAUCGAACCGUUUGGUGAGUCUUUCUUGGAAACCGACUGAACCGACAGAUACGCAGCUGAUCCGGGACUAUUUUCUCCGAUUUCUAUGUCAACCGUCCGAUAAGGAGUAUGCCGAUCUGUGCCAGCUUCCAGAUCUGACAGAACAAACACUGCUCGAUAAUCUUAAAGCAAGAUUCCUAAAAGGACAUAUAUACACUUACGUGGGCUCGAUCCUGAUUGCGGUGAAUCCGUUCAAAUAUUAUCCUGUCUACAAUCCUAAAUAUGUCGGUUUAUAUCAGAAUCGGCGGCUGGGAGACCUACCCCCGCACAUAUUUGCAAUCGCGGACGCAGCGUAUCAUACCAUGCUCCAUGAACGAAGAAAUCAGUGCAUUGUCAUAUCGGGUGAGAGCGGUAGCGGAAAAACAGAGUCAACUAAUUUUUUACUACAUCAUCUGACCUCGCUUUCACAAAAGGGCUCAUAUGGACGUGGGGUAGAGCAGACGAUCCUGUCUGCAGGACCAGUGCUUGAAGCGUUCGGCAACGCUAAAACGAAGCAUAAUGAUAAUUCGUCUCGAUUCGGGAAGUUUAUUCAAGUAAACUAUCGAGAAAAUGGAAUGGUGCACGGAGCAGUCGUGCAAAAAUAUCUCCUGGAAAAGUCUCGUAUCAUUUCACAGGGCGACAAGGAGCGAAAUUACCACAUCUUCUACUAUCUGCUCCUUGGUGCUUCGGCGGAAGAAAAAGCGGAACUGCGUCUUUCGGAUCCUUCCCGAUAUCGAUACCUCGGUGGCAGUGCUGCAGGUUCUCCUGGAAGCGUAUCCGGUGCAAGCGGAGAUAACGAACAGUUUGAGUAUGCGCGUCUCAUGCAAUCCAUGGAAAUGGUCGGCUUUAGCCGAGACAAAAUGAGCAAGUCAACUCGAGUGCUAAGCGCUGUGCUGCACCUUGGAAACCUGGACUUUAGUCGAAGGUCCGGAUACCACAGUGAUGAAUCAGUGUGCGUCCUAAACCGGGACACUCUGGUAAUAAUUUCGAAUCUACUAGGAGUCCGAGUGGAAACCCUUCAUGACGCUCUUGUUACGAAACGAGCGAAGGCUCCGGGCGAAACAGUAGUGAUGAAUCAUCGCUUAUCGGAAGCGGUCGCUGCGCGCGAUGCUAUUGCCAAGUGCCUCUAUGGAGCGUUAUUCGACUGGAUUGUUAUGCAGGUGAACUACGCUCUGCUGUCUAAAAAGGAUCUAGCUGGACAACAUCGCGGUUAUUCAAUAGGAGUCCUUGAUAUCUUUGGCUUUGAGGAUUUCGGCAACCAUAACACCUUCGAGCAGUUUUGCAUCAAUUGGGCUAACGAACAUCUCCAGCAUUACUUUAACCAACAUGUCUUCAACUAUGAACAAGAAGAGUAUCUAAAAGAAGGCAUACACUGGAAAAAUAUUGAAUUCGAGGACAACAAGGAGUGCUUGGCACUGAUAGAGGGUCGUCCACACGGACUGGUUUGCCUUCUUAAUGAUCAGUGUAACUUCGGCGGAUCAACGGACCAGCAGUUGCUGCAAAAAUUCAAAGAUUUUCAUGGUCAAGGCAGAGGACAAUCAAAUGGUUUUUAUGACGAACCUCAGAAAAAAGAGAGCGCUUUCUUUGUCAAACACUAUGCCGGGAAGGUUAAGUACCAGAUUCACGAUUUCAAGGAGAAAAAUCUCGAUCAAAUGAAACCCGAUGUUGUCGCAGUUCUUAAAAGUUCACAGAUCAGUUUCGUCCGUGAGCUCGUUGGGGGUGACCCAGUGGCCCUAUAUCGGUGGCGGGUGAUCCGUGCGUUCUUCAAGUGCUUUGCCGUAUUUGUGCGUCUACGCAAAAAAUACGCCCACAAAAACCCGACUGCGAGUACCGGAGCCACAGGUCAGCUAGGAAGAUUCGGCCGGCCACGUGAAGGCAGUAUUCCCGCCGAUAGCCUCUACUACGAUAACUGGACGUAUAACAGUGCUAACGUAAAUAACAAUAAUAAUAAGGGUCUUGGUGGCCUUGAGUAUAUCCUUGGCGCGUCAGAAGCAAAAGUUCUCCAAAAGGCCAACCAGAUCAUUCAGAAGAACAAGUCAUCUCGUACGCGGAUUCGCCAUGCCCGAGGCGUAUACACUCUACAGAAUAUCAAAAUGGCUCAUUCCAAUACACAGGGUGAAUUAACGCCGUCCAAGUCAUCUGGAGCAAAGCAAAAUUUCCGUAAAAGCAAUUCAACGGUAACUUCGCAGUUCGGGGCUAGUCUUGCGAAACUUAUGGACACACUCAACCAGGCGAACCCGUUCUUCGUGAGGUGCAUUAAAAGCAAUGUCGGCAAGGUGCCAUGCAUGUUCGACGAAGCGGUCAUCUUGCAACAGCUUCGCUACACAGGGAUGCUUGAAACCGUCCGUAUCCGUCAGUCGGGCUAUUCAGUUCGCCUCACGUUCGAGGAGUUUAUUCAGAGAUAUCGGAUAUUGCUACCGAAUGGAUUACUUAGCUCCCAGAGUGAUAUUCAAAUCUUUCUGGAACGAAUGAAGCUCGACACAACCAAGUAUCAGAUGGGCAGAAGCAAGGUAUUCUUGCGCGAGUCUGAAAAGCUUAAGCUCGAUGAACAAUUGCAUCAACAUAUCUUGAGGAGGAUUGUCACCUUGCAGAGGCUGAUCAGAGCGUGGCUGCUUCGAAGGCAUUUUCAACAUCUGCGAACCUCGAUCGUCCCCCUACAGGCCUAUUGCCGGGGUUAUCUGGUUAGGCAACGAGUUGCCCGUAUGAGGACGGAACAGCGGGCGGCGAUCAUUAUUCAGCACGCGUGGUUACGCUAUCAGCGCAAUAAAGCAUACCUUCAGAUCGAACGAGUGAUUGUCAAUUUUCAGGCUGCUUGUAGGGGUUAUCUGGCCCGACUACGAUAUCAAGAGUACAUGGCAGCACAUAAAUUUCACGCGAUUGUUGCUUAUGGCACCCUGCCGUUAGAGCCUUCAAAAACAGCUGUCGUUCUACCCCAAAGAAGGCAUCAUCCUCCUCUCAGGAGGACUUCAAGGUCAAUGGAACGAGCACCCCAGCAGGGAUCUCUUGGGGGAAUAACACCAGACACGGUUCCGUCGCGAGACAGUCUGACCCGAAACCAGAGCCACCACGCACUUCCGACCAGUCCAUACCGCACCGUUGAUACGACUGCUCUUCAUGCUCAAACGAGUCCACUUCACUCUUCAAUAUCGCAACUAACCGAGCGGAUUGUCGAUAAUAGCAGCGCUAAUCAGCAACCCUCCACGCAUCUUCAACAACAGCCUCAAGAACCGCAUCUGGAAGACCACGGCAGGGAUGUGCUUCAAUUACGGAAUCAUCAACACCAUGAGCGGCACGAAAGCUCGGAGGGCCAUCCAGGUUUCCCAUCUUCAUCAUCCCCAGAGAGGAGGCCACCAAGAUCCGUUAAAAAAAAGGCACCUCUUCGUCCGUGUGUAAGCGAAACUGCUAUUGGAGUAGGCAGUGUUCGCGGCCACGGAGGCUUUCGACGAGCCAACGUUCAUCUACUGCAAAGGGUGAAGGUGCAUCCGGGCCAGGUGUGCGCAUCUUGCAAAGGACUUGGAUACGCCCACAUGGGGCAGUGUACAAGUUGCAAGCGCCUGUUUCAUUCAGAUUGUUCUGCUGGUUCUGUGCCAUGCUCCCCCGUGAAAGAUUCAAUCUCAUCGUUCCAUCCUACAAGCCACUCUAUAAAUUCGUUGACUGAUCGACCCGCCUCGCAGCGACACUCAUCCCCCUUACAUACUAGCACCGGAGAGUCAGGUCCAGGAGCGUUACUUCGCGAUCAUCGCGGAACCUCGCGUGACCGGUCACUUUUUGCCGUUCAUAAUAGACACCUUCCGGUAUCUCAGCAAAACUCAACUGGCGUGUCCGGAAGUCCCGUCAAGAGCUGGAAUCUUACGAGGACGACUCAAUUUAAAGAUCCCGGGGACGUAAUUAUCUCAGACCCCGCCGUGCUCAAAAAUCUAGAGGCGUUCCUUCUGAGGAAGUUGUGUACCCUUUCCGAAGGAAAAUACACGGCCAAAGAUUGUGAAGUCGAUCGAGUUUUCGCCUUGGCGCUGCGCGAAUUCAAAUGCAAUCUCAUUUCCACCUAUUCCACUGCCCCACAGGAUACGCAACAGUUAUGCCUUCGGUACAAGGAUCUGACGGACCAUUACGCACAGGUGGUGCGAUCCGUACUCAAAACACAAACAGCCGACGUGAAACGAAACUUUCCCACAACGAUGGCCGUAAAUGCAUUCCGAGGCUUUAUCGAUGAAUUCCGAAACAAUAACUGUCGAGCGCCACCACAGGAGCCAAACAAGGAGGUAAAGGACAAGUCUGGUGACAAGAAGGCAAAGAAGAAGGCCGCGAAAAAGCGCAAAGAUAUCAUUGAGCAUCGUGAGCAUCUGUUUCACACCCAACUGGUUCAUAUCACCACCGCUUGCGAAGUGUGCAAUCAUCCAAUCAGGCUAAUGCUCGAAAAAGGUCUGAUUUGUUCAGGUUGUAAACUGAUGUGCCACAAAAAGUGCUACACGCAAAUAAGCGCUUCAUGUCGAAAUAUGAUUUACCCGCAUCGUCAUCAUUUUGGCGUUCCUCUGGAGAUCCUUGUAGAAGAGGGCGAAGGACAGGUUCCAGUUGUGGUUGAUAUGCUGAUCAAUCAGAUUGAGCUGCGGGGCCUUUAUAGUGAGGGUCUUUAUCGUAAGGGAGGGCGUAAAGCAGAGAUAGAUCAAUUAAGGCUCAUUAUGGACGAAGAUCCGCACAGUGUAACGUUGGACAACUAUGGAAUCCACGUGCUGAGCUCCGUAUUGAAGGCAUUUUUCAGAGAUCUGCCUGAGCCGUUGAUGACGGCUGAUCUUUAUUCGAACUUUGUUUGGGCGGCAUCGAUAGUCGACAGACAAGAACGCUUACAGGCGAUCUUCCAUCAAUUGGCCCGUCUUCCUCGGCGAAACUAUGAGUUGUUCGGGCGACUAAUGUUCCAUCUAGCCCGCGUAGCUCAACACGAAGACUCAAAUCGGAUGAAAUCGGAAAAUCUCGCUAUUAUAUUUACACCGUGCAUCUUCCGUUCGAACAAUAAAAAAGAAAAGGCUCAAGAUUCAUUGGCUUCGGUGGCAAAGCAGACCGAAUGUAUUACCUUACUCAUCGAAGACCAAUUGCAGAGGUUAACUACAACACUGGCAGAGAUUGAUACACUGGACACAGCAUGUCAUACAGCUUCUACAAGACUAUCGUCUUUAAGAUCAUCACGCAUGUUUUUGGCAGAGGAAAAGAAUCGCGCUGGUCCCGAAGAUCAGUUCGAAGAAACCAUCCUUACAAAUCACAUCGAAAAUCUACAGAAAGAGAAGGCAUUGCUGACCUCGGAUCUACCGACACUACAACCGUCGCAGUCUGGUCAAGGCUCCGAUGACGAUCAGCUUUCAACAACAGAUGUUGACGAGUCGGCCGCCGGAAGCCUUGACGAUCUUCACGAAAGAGAAGCUGCUGCUGCUACUACGGUAUCACUGGGAACAGUCAGUGCUACAGGUGGACUAACCACUGAAGGAUCUCUCACAACAAAAACAUCGAGCGUCACAUCACCGCCGUCCUUGGCUGCAACAUGUUCUUCAAUGGAUAACACAGGCCACAAGCUUAGCAGUAAGAGCCGUGUAUCGACUCCAAUCAGGCGAUUACCGCACUCGUCGUCCGGAAGUCCAUCCAUAUCAGUGCAGGGGAGCAGUGAAAACCUAGACGCGUCAGAUGACUCAACGAUUUUGGUUUAGAGCCGUUCUAAGGAAGAAGGAUAUAUUCCAAAAGGCAAUGUCGAUACGAAUCAUAACCAGUAGUAAUGUCCAUCUGGAUAGAAGAGGCGGAAGGCGGCACCAGCAAUUUAAGUGACACCUGCCACCAGUGAAGUAAUUGCCAUAUAAACAAUGCAGAUGUAUACUGUUUUUGACUUUAUCAUCAUUAUCAAAUCUUAAGAGACGCAGUUUUGUCAUCACGAAGACUGAUAAGCUGUUGUUAGUUGACAAAGGAACCCAUGUUACGCGGUCAGAAAACGGGACAUAAAUAUACUAACGGUUAGCUGCUGCUGGGACAAAUACUUUGGUUAAAUGAAAUCCAUAACUUAAUACUAUAUUAUGAUAUUUUUGUAAUCUUCUUGCGCAAGACUUGGUGGACAAAAGAUGAAGAAGAGUCUGAAUGGCAGUUUCUAUCAUUGUUUACGACGACUUAUCCAUAUAAUACAACCAUUACAGCUCUAGACAUUCAAUAGCCAGUUUGAUGCGGCGGCGGUCAGGGGGCGCAGCGAUCGCAUCAUUUCUAUUUAGGUUAGGUGACCGCACAGGUAUUUUUCAACAGCUGAAGUCGCACGUCAAGUACAAAACGACACGAGCGCUCUAUAAUUUUAUUAUAGAUAAAGACCUUACUUGCGCUCCAUUUCAAGCCUUAAUAGGUAUAGGUAAAAAAUUAAUGCACAUAAUAAUAGAGUUGAGUGAUAAUGCGCCAUACUUGAUGAAGUAUAGUGGCUUUGAAAGACUUUAAAACCCGCCGUAGAAGAACCCGUCAUCGUCAACCUGCAAACACCAUAUCAGCGCAUCUAACAUGGCGCGAAGUGCACAGAUUCUUUAACGUCACGAGAGUAGACUUCAGAUAUUCUAGACCACCUUUGUAGUCAAAAGGUUCACAUCGUAUAACAGUAUUAGUGGCCUAGUAUAUAAAUUGCUUUUGCUACUGCAAAGGUUGCAAUUAGAAAGCUCUCUACCUUCCUGCCAGAGUCUACCUAAGAUUCUGGAGAAAGGAUAUAGAGGAUGUAGGAUUGAUCGUCGCGGAACCCGGAGCCCAACUCAAGUUUCCAGCCAUAUUCUGUUAGACAAGCUAGAAUAGUUCAGUUCCUGCUGGCUAAAAUUAUGUCCCAUCGUGACACGUCAUUGAGACUUUCAGGUGGGUCAAGUUCAUGCAUGAUCCCGAGGAUGGGUGAGCUUACUAAGUAUGUCACUGAACAGGGUUCCCAGAAAGUAAUAUCCUGUGCGCAGCGAAGCACUUCGGAGACGCAGACUUCGGAAUAAUAAUACUAAUCAUCAAAUAUCGAAGUUAAUUUUUGCUUUUUACAAGCAAAGUUACCAGGCUCAAUUGUUCUUCACCGCGGUAGAAACGCAUCAGAAACCGCCAAUGAGGUCGGGUUUCCCGGAGUAUGGCGUCACGUCGCUCGAAACGUGACUGUGACGACUGCUCGCGGGUUAACAAAACACAGUUAGACGAAUACGUACAUGAUUGAUGACAACUGCAUACAUCUACUUCACUAAAGACGCCGAAAGUGAUUGGAGAUUAUACGAUUCAGUAAUAUAAACUGUCUGUUGAACGACAAAGAUGUACAAAUCCUUGUAAAUGUAUAGAUUUCUAAUGUAACGUCCAUUCUAUUCGAGUAGGUUGAAACAUCUGUGGUUCAGGUACGCAGCAAAAAAAAAAGGUUUAUGUUUUGGACAAGACGUGGAACGUUUUCCUUGCAACAGUUGUCUUGUGAAAGCCGAUGUUAUGUAAGGACAUAACUGCAGUAAUAACUUUCCAGGUAAAUCUAUAUUUUUCAACAGAAGAAUCGAUUAAUCACCCAACUAUAAACCCUGAUUAUGGCUAAAAAAAAAAAAAAAAAAAAAAAAAGUUGAUCUUAUUCCACUAAAACUUACGCAGCAAUUAAAUCCUUGUCAUACACACAUAUCUCUGGCCAAUUCAAUCAAAUCAAUACACCCUAAUUGAAAAUGUACGAGCAGUGCGAGCUAUCGUUAUAAUUACUGUGCACAAUUUUUACAUCUGAUUGUUCUUUGUCUUCUCUGGGGGAUGCGCUUCCCCCGAUGAAAUUAAUAUAGAUGUAGUCCUUGGAAAAACACUAGACGACUGCCGUUGUUGUUUGUCAGAAACAGAUUGUUUGAAAAGAUACAGAGUGAUUUGUUGUUAACUUUUUUUUGUUCAAGUAUAUAAUUCCACCUGUGGUGCACAUGAUGCUCAAGCGACGCCAAGCGUGUUUCACUGAAGAUCAAACUUAAGGUCUUCCCCCCACACACACACUAUUGAUUACGUCCACUCGUGGCUGAUUCAUAGUAUUUGACAGCUUUCUCUAAUCUAAUUUCAGCUAACCAAUUGUCUCCGUAUAUCAAUAUAGAGAUUAUGAAACGGUAAUCGUUAGAUUUAUUUGGUUCGAUGCUCAAGUGUAAAUAGAAGUCCUUAGUCGUUAACACAGCAGAGCCCAUACGUGCGUUUAUGUCCCUGACGAACGGCCAAUGACAUCGAAGUAAUAAAUAACACAAUAUCAUAUUCAGCGGCAAUACCCCUGUGGAAAAGAUUUUCUGUUUCGUUUACCCGUCAAUAAAAACGAUCCCUUUUCACUCUAAGGAGGAAAAGCAAAUUUAAGUAUAUGUCAUGUUGAAUUUUAAUGAUAUUAUAUGGCGUACCCUGUGAACGGAUGUAUAGGCCUAUGUUUGAAGUGUUACCGACAAAGUCCAUAGCUUUUGGGGACGGGUAUUCCUAAGCCAUCCACUGUACAUACGCGGACCCUCAUAUAAACUCGUAUAAGUGUAGCGCUCAAGAUGGCGUAAGGUUAUUUUGAACUAAAAUAAAGCUAAAAAUAUGCGUCCAAAUCAAUGUGAUUUUGUAUUUGCUGUCAUUAAGGAUAUAGGCAAAUGGAAACGAGCGACAUCCCGCUAAGUAAACGUACGGAAUAUGCUGCCGGUAGAUCUGGACUGGAUUGUAACAGGACGUACUUGUUAUUGCCUUCUCGACUAUAACGCAAUAUAAAUAGUAAUUAUUUACGUUUUGACUCCAGCAGGGUCCCGCUCUACUGCAGAGGGUCCUGUCAAAAUGAAAAAGAGACCAUUGUAUAAGCUAGCUGGUACUUUAUUUCAGGCGAACUCUGAGAGUUAAUUUUUUUCAUUCAUUAAAGAUGUAUAGAUGCAAAUUGAAAAUCUUGUUUUUUUUUUUUUUUUUUUU